GAUGACCAAUCUAUUCAUCCAUGGUGAUUACUGUUUCGAACUGUGGUCAUGGAAGUAACUGUUGAAGCAUCAAGGUAGCAUCUCUUUGCCUCCACCAAAGAAAUUCUUUGAAAGAAUACGCUCUGGCGUGAUCACAUGUGCGCAAUGGUAAUGACAGCUUGGUCCGACAAGUCGAUCACGUAGGUAAAAUAUUUCAUACAGCGUGGUUCGCAUUGACAAUUUGAAUACGCAUGCCAAUGUGAAAUAUGGAAACAUAAGUAACGUAAUCUGUGAAAAAUUGCGAUAAUGAUCCUAUUAUGCCAAUUAAGAUCUAUAUAUAUUAAGUUGAGGUACUGUACAUUAUCAUAGUAACAUAACUUAUUGAGAAAAUGGAAAAGAAACAAUAUAUUGUGAUUGGAGAAGCUCCGGAAUCUGACAGUGAAGAGGAAGUGAAUGUCCCAGCAACUAACUCUUCACAUGGAAAGCGUACAAGUGACCCUGCAAAUCCUCAAGGUAUUGUUAUAGCUGGAGAAGCACCAGAAUCCGAUGAUGAAGACAAGGUUAGUGUGAGUAGCAUUAGUAGUGCUACUAGUAUCUCCUCCAUUGCUUCUUUUUCUUCAAAUAUAAAAAGAAGUACCAUUCCUGACAAGACCAAGAAACAAGAGAAUGUGAAGUACAGUUCCUUACUGCACAGGAAAUUACGUGAACGCAAUGUGUCUCUUCACAGGAAUGUUGUUGAAUUCAUUCAUCAUAAUGUUGGUUUGGCUUCUCGGGAUCUGGGUGCAGCUAAUCAGCAGCUUCUGAAAUCACAGCUUCAGCUACAAGAAGUAGCAUUAUCACUACAUACAUUGCAUACAAACCUUAGUCAGCUGCAAAACAAAUUGGCUUCUGCUACUUCUACCACUUUUCUCUCUCGCAUUAAUAUCAGACAAUAAGCAAAGUGAUUUAGUUAUUGAAAAAGUUUUUAUAUAGAUGAAAAAUGUAAUGUCUCAUUUCAUUAACACUGGAAAAUAGAGAAAAUAGAAAAUCAAUGAGUGGUAGUCAACACCAUAAUUAUGGAACACUAAUAGCCGUGGCGACAAAGAAAUAACUGGCCCUCAGGUUAGGUUCUGCUAACAUGUCUACAAUUGCCUACAAUGAAUCCGUUACCCUACAUUGCAUGUGAUAUGUGAUAUGUUUGGCCCAAGAAAAAUGAAUUGUUUGAGAGUAUAUGCAUGCAUGAAUUCAUAUAUUGGUAUGUACGAAUUCAUAGCCGGGAGCACAUGGGCCUGAGUUACGGAAACAAAAAAAAAUCUUCAAUUGAUGCAAUAUCUUCAAAUGGUGAAUUCUUCAAAUAAUAUAACAAUUUUCAUACACACUUUAAUAUUCGUGCAAAAUAUUUUCUUUGUCAUCAUUUAUGUCCUUAGGUUUCCUGUACGUACUAGUGAUUUCUUGGACCUGAAUUUUGAUAACCCAAAAAUACUAAAAUUAGGACAUCUAAAAAGUACAAAAUUCUGGUAAACUGACUUAAAAAUUUCAACAAAAAUGUUAAUUUUUCCUGUUGAAGACAACUGUCAGCCCAUUUUAAUAUCAAAUAAAGAAAAACUCGGAAAUGUAAUACCUCUGAAUGAAAUGGAAAAUUACGACUAAAACUGCGACCAUCUGCACAUUCUAGUGGACCGUAUUGUCUUCUGUAGAUAUAUUUUCUCCCUGUUUACCUCCCCUUUUUUUUUAGGUCUCCGGUAGUAUACUAUACGCGCAAGUUUUCUUGAUAUUCCAUAGUGAGGGGAGCGGGGAGAGGAGGGCUCUGGCUACGUCACGGCUUAAAAGGCCGUACCACCUGUGGGCAUGAACUUAAACUCGCCAAAGCGUGCCACGAGAAAUUCUACGAUUGUUUUGAAAGUACGAGGUGAUUGUUGCCAGGAUUGUAAUUGGUACGUGCCGUUCCGAGUCGAACCUAAGUAUCUCAACGUGCCGUGCUAUUCCGCGCUUGAUGAGGACUAGGGAGCCCGUGUAUCAAUAAAACUUGCG